AUGAAACGAGUCCACCUCUCCGGAGCCCAUUCGAUCCGCAAUGUGGCCGUGGUGGCUCACGUGGACCAUGGCAAGACAACGUUGACUGAUUCCUUGUUGCUCAAGGCUGGACUGCUCCAGAAAGACCGAGCAGGCGACCAGCGCUCGAUGGAUACCCUGGCAGAUGAGAAGGAGCGUGGCAUUACCAUCAAGUCGGCUGCCAUUUCGUUGAACCUGACAGCGGACUGGAACUUGAUGAAGUACAGCAAGGCAGGAGAGGCCCUAAAGCGGGUCGUUUCGAAUCUGGAAGAGAGAGAAGAAGAGACCGCAAAAGCCUCGGAAGCAUCCGUUGAUGAUUCGGUUUACGUUGGCAAGUUCCCCGGUUCAGUCACGAACAGCGACCAUGUCCAAGCUAUCUUGAAAGACCACGGUGUAUCUGUCGACCUCGCCAACAUCGACUUCCAUGGCCGCCGAGGCUACGCCAUCGUUGACGUUCCAAAGGCAAAGGCAGAGGCCCUCGUUGGUUUGGAUGGCAACAUCCUUGUUGACGGCCGUGCUCUCAGUGUCGAGUACUCUGGCGCGGGUGCCAUGUCCCGAUUGAAGCUCUUUUGCAAAGAAAACAAGAAAGACAUGCCCACCAUCACUGUCCUACGUCAAAAGAAUGGCGAGUACAGCGGUCUGGCCGAGUGGUCUGCCAUCGGUGGCGUCAUGAUUCAUUCGUCCGAACACCACUCGUCGAUGGCCAAAGCCCGACAAGCUGUCGCCAAGGAAUGUAUCGCAUUCAUGGAGGCACAGCAGAACGAUUUCCAAUCGGAUUCUAUGGACAAGAAGACGGAGGAGCGAGACGCCUCGCCUGCAGCAAGUACAGCCGAAACAACCCAGCACCAAGACGACGAGCCCACAACUUUUGGCGACAAGGCACCAAUCAGUCUCAACCUGAUCGACUGCCCAGGCCACAUUGAUUUCAAUGGAGAGGUUACGGCCGCCCUUCGUCUUUGUGACGGUGCUCUGGUGGUGGUGGAUGCUGUGGAAGGCAAAGCGGUUCAAACCGACAACGUUCUUAUGCAGGCGCUGAAGGAAGGAGUGCGGCCUGUUUUGAUGCUGAACAAAGUGGACCGGCUUAUCGUGGACAAGCAGCUCGAAGCAGACGAAGUCUUUGACGCGAUGGCGCGAGUUGUUGGCCGAGUCAAUGGCUUCAUUUCGCAGCACCAGCUGCCCGAGCUACCCGAUCAACGGGUCCGUUGGGAGGAUGGCUCGAUCUGCUUCGGCAGUGGGUACUUCGGGUGGUCCGCUUCGGUCGACUCUUUCAUCCCGAAGGCUGAGGACGGCUCUCUGGAAGGCCGGGCCACCUGCACCAAGAAGAGGAAGGCAAUGGCUAAGCGAGAGAAUUUUAUCAAACUCAUUCUCAAGCCAGUGGUCCGUCUGCAUCGUCUCUGUGGAGUUCUUCCAACGAAGAAAAAGAACAUGCCUCGUUCGGAACGGAUGGAACUUGUCGAAACUUUCCUGGGUAGGGCUCUAUCCAGGCCGUUCAAGAUGUCGGCGAGCAUGAUCCAAGAAGAAAGACCAAAGAAGUUAUUAAAAAGUGUGAUGAUGACUUGGCUCCCAGCCGCAGACGCCAUCACAAACAUGGUUGCGUCGAAUGCACCGUCCCCUGUCGAGGCUCAAGAUUGGAGGGCGAAUUUGCUUUACACCGGUGACGUGAAGGACCCAAGCGGACAGGGGAUCAAGGCUUGUGAUCCCGCUGCGCCGACGAUCAUGUACGUGUCCAAGAUGCUGCCAGCCACGGUCGGUGGUGGCAAGAACCUCUCCGCGUAUGGAAGGAUCUUCAGUGGAACGGUGGCGGUUGGCGACACACUGUUUGCUAUCACAAACGAUGGAACCUUUCGGCGAGCUAAAGUAUCCAAGGUCAUGAUGUGCGGACUUGGUGGAAAGAUGGAUUCUCUGUCUUCGGCCCAUGCGGGGCAGCUUGUUGCUCUCGAAGGGGUCGACAAAGCCCUGAACAAAGCAGGCACACUGUCGGGCAUCAAAGGGUCCAGCCCCAUCGAGCACAUGGAUUUUGCUGUGGCGCCCGUUGUCCAACAUUCCAUUAGCCCCAAGGACAAACGCUUGCUGACCAAAAUGGUGGCAGGCAUGCAGCAGGUCGUCAACGCAGAUUCCACGGCUGUGUUCUUCCGAGAUGCUGAAACCGAUCAAUACAUAUUGGCGGGCGCAGGAGAGCUCCACAUGGAAAUCCUCGUGUCUACAUUGCGCCAAAACACUGGAGGCAUGGAAGUGGUGUUGUCGGAACCUCUGAUUAGCUACCGAGAGACGGUGCGUUCGGAGUCUUCGGAAGCAGCGCUCGCCAAGAGCGACAAUAAACACAAUCGAAUUUGGAUCAAGGCUUCGCCCCUGUCGCAGGAGGUUGUGCGUGCCAUGACCAACGGAGACCUGAGAGGGGUGGACGUCAAGGCGGUUGGGAAGAAAUUGUCUGAGAGCUACGGCUGGAGAGCUGCUGACGCCUCGCGCGUUUGGGCCGUGGGGCCUGAACCGAUGUCUAAGGCCGAAGCGUCGGAUAUGGAUCGUGCUUCUUGCCUUCUCGUCGAUGGAACCUACGGAUUGCAAAUCCCCGAUGACGCAAAAGCCAACAUCAUAGGGGCUUUCCAACAAGUGGUCCGACGUGGUGUCCUUGUCGGGUCACCUCUCUGUGGCGUGCGCUUUGACCUUGUGGAAGCCAAGUUCCAUGCGGAUGCCGUCCAUCGUCGACCGAAUUCAGUGGUUCCCGCUGCCGCUCGUGCCUGCAAAGGAGCCUUUUUGCUGGCCGAUCCUGAUCUCCUCGAACCUGUCUUCCGAGCAGUGGUCGUUGGGGCUGAAGGGACCGUCAACAAAGCGUUCUCUGUUCUGGGUGGUCGUGGCGGGCAGAUUGUCGACAGCUCGUCAACUGAGGUGGGCGAUAUCAUCGAGGCUUGUUUGCCCGUGAGACGUUCCUUUGGGUUGGUUGGUGAUCUCCAUGGCGAAACGAAAGGCCACGCGCAAUGCAGCUUGUCUUUCGCCGGUCUUCAGUCGGUGCCAAACCAAGAUAGCGACGCCAUCGUCAUCGAAACGAGAACAAAAAGGAAUCUCCCAACGAAAGUGCCGACCGCUGGACAAUUCGUUGAUAAAUUCUGA